AUGCAGAGCACACUUGUCAGUCCUCAGCAAGUGUUCAAGGUGGUAUUCCUGGGUAACUCAGGGGUGGGUAAGAGCUCCUUCAUCCAGCACUACUGCACAGGACACUUCUUCAGUAAAAUGAGCGCUACUGUGGGUAUGGAUUUCCAGAUGAAGACUUUGUCUCUGGGCUCCACCACAGUCACCCUGCAGCUGUGGGACACUGCAGGACAGGAGAGGUUUCGCAGCAUCACUGAGCAAUACUACCGCAAAGCUGACGGCAUCCUCGCCAUGUAUGACAUCACUCAAGCCUCAUCCUUCGCCGCAGUGAGAGGAUGGAUGGACUCUGUGAAGGAGAAGAUGUGUGAAGGCGCGGUACUGAUGUUGCUGGCGAACAAGUUGGACCUGGCGGACAGACACAGCAGAGAGGUGACAACAGGCGAGGGCCAGAGACUUGCAGAGCAGCACCAAGCUUUGUUUUAUGAGUGCAGUGCCAAAACUGGAUUCAACGUGGAGGAGCUGAUGACUUUUCUGGCUGGGAUGUUAGUCUCCCAGCACGAUCAACGAUGUGGAGAUGCACUUUUACUGUCUGAGGACGUGCCUAAAAAAGGCUGCUGUACAUAAACAGACGACGAAAGGCUUUAAAAAAUACUUUUACUUAAAAAGGCCCAAGUCCUGAGGCCUUUCAAAUCAUUUCAAAAUACAAACUGCUUUUUUCUGCAAACAACUUUACUUUAUCUGUAAUGUGUCUUUGUAAUCCAUCCAAUAAAAUAUCUUUCUGAUGA